UCGAAUUACUAUUUUUUGAUACACGACUGCUACGUGAAAUCCGAAACAAAGAAUGUGCAGAUUUUGGAUUACGAUGGAUGUGAAAUUGACCCACACUUCCUUGAAACGCCAGAUUAUUCGAAAUUCUUCGAGCAGCCGAGGAAGGGUGAUGCAUAUAUCUUCAAAGAAAUGAGUGUUUUCAAAUUUCCCGGUGACGGUAAUGUCGUUUUCCAGUGCCAGAUAUCGUUCUGUGACAUGGAAAGCGAUGAAACGUGCAAGGAAAUGAUCGUAAGUUUCUAA